CUGUGGGAGCCCCUGGUCCCUGCUGAAGACCAGUGCAAACCCCCACCCAAACGUGGCUCUGCUGAAUGAGGAGCUCGGGGGAGCAGAGCCCCCCGGCCAGGCGCAGGACGAAGGGGCAUUAAGGGGCAUUAAGCAUCUCCAGGGGGGAAAAGGGGACGUUGGGGUGGCUCCGAGGGGCCCUGGGACACACGGUUUAGCCUCUCCCUGCGGUGGCCGGGGCUGUUCCCCACGUCCCCCUCCCCAGGGCACUGCGUGAGCUCCAAACCUCCCCUUCCCGCAUCCCGACGCAGGGCUUGGAGCCUGCAGCGGGGCCCGGGGGGAGGCUCUGAUGGCCGCGGGGGGCCCGCACCACCCUGGUGCUGGGGUGGAGCCGUUGCGGGGCGCUGGCAGGGCUCGAUAACGCCGGCGAUAUGUGAUCUCGCCCCUCCCCGCUGCCGGCUCGCAGAAUAAAACGCUGAUCUCAUGCCCUGCGCGGCCGGAGCCCUUGGCUCAGCACCGGGGCACAGCCCAGGCAGGCUCCGCAGCCCCAGCCAGCGGCCAGGUAGGGCCGGGGGGGGUCCCUGGGGUUAGGGGGGUGUCACCCCUAAAGGCACCAGCUCGGGGGGCCCAGCAUGCCUCUGAGGAUCCCCACACCAGGGGGUGCCCCCGGCUUUCUCCUGCGGGUCUCAGUGCACAGGUCCCUGCUAGGGGUGCCAGGGUGCCUCCCCCAGGGUGCCCCCCCCAGCCUCAGACUUGUGUGUCGGGGGGUAAAUCCUCAUCAUUUGGGGGGGCUCAGGGGGGUGCAGGGCCCCACGUCCCAAGCAUGUGACCAUGCUUCCUCCCUGGGGGCUGGGGGGGCACUGGGUGCAUAAGGGGGGUGUCGGAGGGGUGGGGGCUGCGGAGCAGGGAGCUGCCCCCAGCUGGUGGGGAAGGCUGGGGGGGGGGGGGGGGGGGCUGAGGAGCAGCACUGGGCCGUGACUCAGUUUCCCCAAGAGCUCUGUGGUGAUGGCUGGGCUGGACCCCCCACUGGGGUGCCCCAAUGCCCCCCCCCAGCCAGGCAGGACCCCUCCUGGCAUGGCUGUGGUGUGGCUGGUGGGAGCUCGGCACGGCAUGGGGGCUCCCCCAGCCCGGCAGCCUCGUGCCAGCCGCUCAGCCCCCGUAUCCCCCUCCAGGCCGCCCCUCAGCCCCCAGCCAUGACGUCCUACCGGCAGGAGCUGGAGAAAUACCGGGACAUCGACGAGGACAAGAUCCUGCGGGAGCUGUCAGCCGAGGAGCUGGAGCAGCUCGACACAGAGCUGCUGGAGAUGGACCCUGAGAACGUGCUGCUGCCGGCGGGGCUGCGGCAGCGGGACCAGACGCAGAAGAGCCCGACGGGGCCGCUGGAUCGUGAGGCGCUGCUGCAGCACCUGGAGAAACAAGCGCUGGAGGCCGGCGAGCGCGAGGACCUGGUGCCCUUCACCGGCGAGAAGAAAGGGAAGCCCUUCGUGCCCAAGAAUCCCAAGCGGGAGAUCCCCCGCGAGGAGCAGAUCACGCUGGAGCCAGAGCUGGAGGAGGCGCUGGCCAACGCCACCGAGGCCGAGAUGUGCGACAUCGCAGCCAUCCUGGGCAUGUACACGCUGAUGAGCAACAAGCAGUACUACGACGCGAUCUGCAGCGGGACCAUCUCCAACACGGAGGGCAUCAACAGCGUGGUGAAGCCCGACACGUACAAGCCGGUGCCGGACGAGCCCCCGAACCCCACCAACGUGGAGGAGACGCUGCGGAAGAUCCAGGCCAACGACGGGGCGCUGGAGGACGUCAACCUCAACAACAUCAAGGACAUUCCCAUCUCCACGCUAAAGGCCAUCUGCGAGGCCAUGAAAACCAACACCCACGUCAAGAAGCUCAGCCUGGUGGCAACCCGCAGCAACGACCCCGUGGCCACCGCCGUGGCCGAGAUGCUGACGGAGAACAAGACGCUGCAGAGCCUCAACAUUGAGUCCAACUUCAUCACCAGCGCCGGCAUGAUGAGCAUCAUCAAGGCCGUGUACCAAAACAACACCCUGAGCGAGCUCAAGGUGGACAACCAGGUAGGGACGGGCACCCACGGGCGGCCUGGGGCGCGUGCCCAGUUUGCCCAGCGUGCCCAGUUUGGCACGCUGUGCCCCUGCCCUGCAGUGCCAGCGGCUGGGCGACACAGUGGAGAUGGAGAUGGCGACGAUGCUGGAGCAGUGCCCCUCCGUGGUGCGCUUCGGGUACCACUUCACACAGCAGGGCCCCCGUGCCCGCGCCGCCAUCGCCAUCACCCGCAACAACGAGCUCCGUCGCAAGCAGAAGAAAACCUGAACGCUUCCCACCACAGCCCUGCAGACCCCGGAGCUCAGCUCGCCCCCGAGCCGCGCUUUGGGCUCCCCAGGGCUGGGUCAGCUGUAAAUAAAGGUUACGGAGACACGGGGUCGGAGGCUGCUCUUGGGACAGGGCCACAAGGACGAGGGCAGGAUUAG